GCCCUCUUACCUUUUGACUUUUGGGAACCUAGCGGGUGUCCUCACGCUUUGCGGAAGUUCUCAACACUUCCGGCCGAGCUUUUAAAUUCCGGCCUUGGCGGCCUGGCUCCGAAUCUUUCCUAGAGUGUUCCCUGAAUAGUUUCCACCAGGAUGCGGAGCGGGUUUCUGAGCGGUGCCCGGUGCCUGUGGGCACGCCGCGCCUUCAGCCGCACGCCGCCGCCUUCCGAGGAGCUCCUCGCCCGCGGCGGGCCCCUGCGGGCCUUCCUCGAGCGCCGCUUGGGCUCGGAGGCCGGCGGUCUGGACGCUGGGGGCCCCCAGCUGGCCGCGGCGGCCCGGCUGCUGAGCGAAAAGGAGCGGGAGCUGCGGGACACGGAGUCCUUGCUGCACGAUGAGAAUGAAGAUUUAAAGAAACUUGCAGCAACUGAAAUAGCUUUGUGUCAUAAAGAAAUAACUGAGCUGAAGCAUCAGAUCAUCUCACUUUUGGUUCCUUCAGAAGAAAUGGAUGGGAGUGACCUGAUCCUGGAGGUGACUGCGGGUGUGGGUGGUCAGGAAGCCAUGCUUUUCACUUCUGAGAUGUUUGACAUGUACCAGCAGUAUGCUGCAUUUAAAAGAUGGCAUUUUGAAACACUGGAAUAUUUCCCAAGUGAACUAGGUGGCCUUAGACAUGCGUCAGCCAGCAUUGGCGGUCCAGAAGCCUAUAGACACAUGAAAUUUGAAGGAGGAGUGCACAGAGUACAAAGAGUGCCAAAGACAGAGAAGCAAAGCCGCAUCCACACUAGCACCAUGACAGUGGCGAUUUUGCCCCAGCCUACUGAGAUUAAACUGGUGAUUAAUCCUAAAGAUUUGAGAAUUGAUACUAAGAGAGCAAGUGGAGCUGGAGGUCAGCACGUGAAUACCACAGACAGUGCUGUUCGGAUAGUUCAUCUUCCCACAGGCAUUGUUUCUGAAUGCCAGCAAGAAAGAUCUCAGCUGAAGAACAGGGAGCUGGCUAUGAAAAAGUUACGAGCAAGGUUAUACAGCAUGCAUCUAGAGGAAGAAACUACUAAGAGAUACAAUGCUCGAAAGAUCCAGGUUGGAACUAAAGGAAGAUCAGAGAAAAUAAGAACAUACAACUUCCCACAGAAUAGAGUCACAGAUCACAGAAUAAACAAAUCACUACAUGACCUUGAGAGCUUCAUGCAAGGAGACUGUCUUCUGGAUGACUUGAUACAGUCACUGAAGGACUAUUCGGAUUAUGAAUCUCUAGUAGAAUUGAUUUCCAGAAAAGACUAAGCUUCUUUGUAAAGAUAUAUAUUUUUUUAUAUAGACUAGGAAAAUUCUACUGCAAAUCCACUGUGUGCAAAUAUUUAACCAGUAUUCUCUUGAGGAAUGUAAGUUAACAGUUUCUUGGACAAUUCUCUAAAAAAAAAUAGACACAAAGAAAGACAGUUGUUUUUAUGCAAAAUAUUUAAUCAGAAAUUUCAAAUAUAAAGCAGAUAUGUUCAUGUUAAUAUGACAGAAGGAACCAGAAGCUGGCAGUGGAAUUAACAAGAACCGAUAAGAGUCAAGCACAUCAGGACUGUUAGGAUUGAAAACAGCCUAUACAGAGUUCUUAGAGAAAGGAAGCACUUACAAGGUGCUUCCUCCCUCUAAUGGAGUCAGGCAUGUUGUAAGGAUAGCCUCUCAAUGGUGGAAAUAUUCCUGGGUUGCCCUGCAUCUGAAAGCUUUGGCCUUGUAAACAGAACCUCAAGCCCAUGGGGCCUGGUAAGCCAGAAGCCUUCUGCCAAGGUGUGAACUUUAUUAGAUUGUAAGCUUUGGUGGUCUUCUAUAUCAGUUCCUCAGAGAAACAGAACCAAUAGGAUGUGUCUACACAAAUUUGCUAUAAGGAUGGCCUCAUAUAGAAUACCGUAUGUCCAAGAUCUACAGUAUGAAGCAGCUGGAUAGAGACCAAGAAGAGUUGAUGGUUCACUUUACUUGGUAGUUUGCUGGGGAAAUCUCUUUUGGUUGGAGUAGGCUAGAUUUUCUCUACUCAGGCCUUUAGCCCAGUUGGAUAAAACAUGUUAGCAUGACUGAUAUUUCACUGAUUUAAAUGUCAGUGAAACUUCCAAAUCUUGAGGACACCCAAAAUAAUGUGUUACCAAAUAUUAGGGUUCUCUGGAGUCAUAGAACUUACAGAAUGAAUCUCUUUUCCCUGUCUCUGUACACACACACACACACACACACACACACACACACACACACACACACACACAGGUAAAUAGAGUUCAUUGGAAUGAUUUAACACUCUACAGUCCACCUAAUCCAACAAUGGCUGUAUGUGAAAGUCUAAGAAUCUAAUAGUUACUCAGUCCAACAAGGCCGGCUAUCUCAGCUGGUCUUCAGUAUUAUGUGGGAAUCUGAAGAAGUAAGUAGGCUCUAAUGCCAGUGAAGGAGUGGAUGCAAUAGCAAGGCCAGGCAAGAAGCAAUGAAGAAAAACUUCCUUCGUCCAGUGUCCUUAUCUAGACUUCUAGCAGAAGGUGUGGCCCCAGAUUAGAGGUAUCUUUCCAACUCAGGAUCUAGAUCAAAGGCACAUUGUCCUCUUGCCUCAAGAACCAGAUUGUAGUUCAUUCCAUAUAUAGUCAGGUUGACAACUAGCCAUCACAGUCACAAUAAAGGCUAGCCAAGUCUACAAAACUAACCAUUAUGGUAUCCAAGAUUACCCCAGAUGCUGUGCCAUAAAAUGCUUACAGUGUUCUCCACCGCCUACUACUUACAAGCUUCACAUAUACCAGCAGAAAAAGUGUAAACGUCAAUAGUUUGUCUUCCCUCUAAAAUCCAGGUGAUGCUAAUAUGAUCAUAUAAAGUAUAUAGCUUCACAACUAAAGUUUUAAGACUCCCUUCUGAAUGGGGCUGAUGUCUGUACACUGUCAAACACCCAGAAACCAAUAAUGUUUUCAUACAUUCAGUGUCUGAAAUAAAUUACAAACAUAUUUUACUCUCACACAUAUCAGCUGACACUUAAACACAAUUCUACUAAAGUAUGUAUCAUUGCCUGACAAAAUGUACAGUAAAUCCCAAAUACUUCAUUCAAUACCUAAUAGUUCAGAUUUCUCUCCUUUUUUCCUAGAUAUGUUAGAGUUGGCUUCUUCAAACUAAGAUCCAGUUAUGUACUAUCUAGUGGGCUUUCCCUUACUGGACUCUUAAUCCCCUUUGUCAGGCACUGGAUUUUCACCUAUAAAGAUCAAACUAGAUAUUUUGGUACUAUGUGAGUUGUUCAGACAUUAUGGGACAUUAACACUUUAUACUGAAUAUUUAGUGCCUCACUGAAAGGAAGUAGCACAAAACCAUGAGUGAUAGGCAAGGAUUUUUAAGCUGCCUACAGUGCCUAACACAAACCAGGUUUUAGGAACAAUCCCUUCAAAUCUCAUGAAAGGUACUUUACCUUUAAAAUGUGUAUAUUAAUCUGCCUUUUUAUAUGCAUAGGUGUUUUUCAUGCAUGUAUGAUUGUGCACUAUGCCUACAGUGCCUGUGGAGGCCAGAUUAGGGUGUAUGAUCCCCUGGGAUUGUAGUUAGAGACAGUUGUGAGUUGCCCAGAGAGCACUGAGAAUUGAACUCAGGUUCUCUAAAAAAGCAGCCAUUGGUCUUAACUAAGGAGCCAUCUCUCCAGCCCUUAUUUUGCAGUAGUUUUGUUUGGGGGUUGUUUUUUUUUGGGGGGGGGGGUCUCCUACCUCCACCCUUAGACUUUUCUUUAAUAGUCCUGGAACUCACUUCGUAGACCAAGCUGGC